AUGUCUGAGCCAUGUACUGUAGGAUGGGAGGAAUCUCAUUCUGCAGAACCUUUCCUUCUAUGGGUCAAAAGGACAAUGCAUACCUUGCUAACGUUUCUGAUUUUAUUCUUGGCAUCUGAUGGAUCCCAUGCCCAGACGUGCACAACAACAGUCACAUCAUCCCUGACUUAUUUAGUGGACACAACAGGGUCAAUGUAUGAUGACCUCCAGCAGUUAAGUUUGGUGAAUAAUUGGAUACUUGAUCAAACAACGGCAAGAUUUCCAUGCGGAGUGCGGCAGUAUACAAUGGUUGAAUUCAACGACCCAACAUUUGGACCAGCAAGGGUGACAAGUUCAAUAGAUGAGUUUAAGACAUUUUUCAAUAAACUCACUGUUUCGGGUGGAGGCGACUGCCCAGAAUUAGCAAUGAAUGGGCUCAAAUUGGCUUUAGAUAAAUCUCCACCUGGAUCUUCCAUUCUGGUGCUCACAGAUGCAUCUGCUAAGGAUUACAAUGUUGUCUCCAUUCUAAACAGCAUACGUUCACUUAUCCUUACUAAACAGUCACAGGUUAUCUUUUUGAUUACAGGGCUUUGCUCUGGUUUAAAUGAUCCAAAGUUCCUUAUUUACAGAGAUAUUGCUUCUCUGAGUUAUGGACAUAUUUUUCAAAUUAGCCUCUCAGAUCUGGGCAAGGUAUUUAAUUAUCUGGAUUUCACUCUUUCAAGACCUGUUAACAGUACAGUAAAAGUUUUGUAUGAAUACUAUAAUGACAUCAGUCACUGUGAUGACUUUUCAGUAACAAGUAACUUCUCUACCUUACUGGUGAUCACUGAUGGACCGAUUAACUCAAUAAGAGUUCUUGGACCUGACUCUAAAGACCCAAACCCAAAGACAAUUGUGUCUGAAAAGUGGGGAUCACUGUAUGAGAUUAGAAAGCCCAGCAAAGGAGCAUGGACCAUAUGUGUUGUUUCUACUGGCCCCCAUGCUGUUCAAGUGGAGGGAUUAACUGCUACCAACACUUCAGUGACUGAACGCUGCUCAGACUGUCAUGCCGAUGCUAUAUGUGAAGCGUAUCUUGACCUAUUCGAAUGUACCUGUAAAGAUGGAUACGUUGGAGAUGGCUUCUCAUGCUUAGAUGAUGAUGAAUGUGCCUACCCGUGGUUAAACAACUGUACUUAUGGAUAUUGUGAAAAUACUAAUGGCUCCUAUGACUGUGUGUGUCCUGCUGGCUACACAAAAGGAGAAGGAGACACUUGUGUUGACAUUGAUGAGUGUUCUAGUCCAGAACUAAAUGGCUGUCAUCCAUCAGCAACUUGUGUUAAUUAUGUAGGAACCUACACAUGUCAGUGUCCACCUGGAGUCCCUGGCGAUGGAUUUAACUGUGAAACUGAUCCAUGUGCCAGAGAUGUUUGCGGGAGUAGUAAGGAGUGCAUUCCAAAUGGCAGCUCCUAUUUUUGCUCUGAUCCAUGUGUCAAUCACACUGUUCUUGAUGAACCCUGGAGAAGUACGGCUAAUGAUUUAUAUGUGAAUAUCAAAUGUGACAAUGACAAAAAUGGAUGGUAUCGCUUCAUUGGAAGUGGAGGAAUACGCAUGCCGGAGUUCUGUGUUCCAGAAAAUAGGUGUAGCACCCAUGCGUCAAUGUGGUUAAAUGGAUCACAUCCCGCUCCAACUGAUGGUAUUGUCAGUCGCACAGGUUGUGCUCACUGGGGAGGAAAUUGUUGCCGGUAUUCAUCAACUAUACAAAUUAAGGCUUGUCCUGGUGGAUACCAUAUUUAUAAGCUGAUAAGUACACCAGCCUGCUCCUUAGCAUAUUGUACAGAUCCCAGUUCACUUAAUGGUGAAUGCUUAUGUGCUCCUGAUGAGGAAUGCAGAUUUGUUUCUGGAUCCCAUGGGUGCUACUGCAAUGACAAUAGGACAAUAUCUGCUUUCUCAGACUUAAGGCCAACUGUGAGCUGUGGAACACAAAGCAUGAAAACAACUUUCCGCAAAUGUGAGCUCAGGGCUCUGAACAUUGACGUCAAGGAUAUAAUACUCGCAGACGGUUCCUGCUUCAAUGUCCUGAAUGAUAAUAAUACCAACACAUAUUCAGUUCUGUCCACUCUGCAAGCAGGGAACUGUGGGAUGAAGUUUAUUACAAAUGGAACCCAUGCCUCUUACAUGAACAGUUUUGAGUUUUACUUUGUACUUCCCGGGAACAUUAUUAGAGAUAAGCUGAUAACGACUUCAACUUGUAUUUACCCGCUUGAUAUGAGGCUUAGUCUACAAACUGCCCUGAAUCCCAUUAUCAGCUCUACAAAUAUUUCUAUUAACGGCACUGGACAGUUUAAGGCUCACAUGGCGGUUUAUAACGGCAGUGACUAUAAAUAUCCAUAUGAAGGAACCCAAGUUGAUAUAUACACCAAAACGGUGAUUUAUAUUGGAGUAUUCCUUGAGGGGCCUGAUCCAUCUCAGUAUGCUAUGGUACUGAAAAACUGCUACGCUACUCCAUCAAACAAUCCAGAUGAUCUAAGGAAAUAUUAUAUCAUCCAAAACAGGUGCCCCAGCACAAUUGAUAACACUGUCAGCAUAGCAGAAAAUGGCUUAUCUAGCCAAGCACGGUUCUCUUUUGAAAUGUUUGCAUUUGUCGGGGAUCAUAAGCAAGUCUAUCUGCACUGUGAGAUCUAUGCGUGUAACAACAGGACCACCGUUUGCUCACCUACAUGCUCUGGAGCCCGUGCUUUGGAUGUAACCACAGAAAAUACCUUUAACCUGAAACUUGGACCAUUCAACAGGCUGGCAUUUCCAGCCGGAACGGAUUGGAGCAGGGGAGUAAAGAAGCACCCGGUGACGAACGAUCCUUUUCCCAUCCCACCUCUCCGCCGCUCACUCGCUCAACCGCAUCUUAAUCUGCUGCUACAGUCAGCCUACGGCCAGCACUGCCUGGCCCUCAGCUACUUGGUGCCACCAGGAUUUACCACACGAGAAUCCAGUACUCCCAGAGGGACAGGCAAGGGCACCAAACAUACAGUAUACACAAGGAAGGAGCUGAACGGUUCAGAACCAGAAAACAUUGGCAGAAUUGUGAGGCAAACUCAUGGUGAGGAACAAGCCAGGUCAUAA